GUAUUCUAGUACACAAUGUAGCUCUCCGUCUAGACACCGAGUUAUUCAAAACAAAAAGAAAACCAACGAUGGAUAAGCCAUUGAAAACUGAGCCGAAGAGCUGCUUGUUUGCUAAGCCAUCUCGUGAGUACUCUGAUGAAGAGGUCAAUCAGGAGGUCCCCCAGAACUUUGGGGGCAAGCUGCCAGUUCAGCGGCAGAUCAGACAGACAGAACCUCCUUGGCAGCUUCCACGCAGUCCACCCCCAUCCCUUCCCAAUGCAAAAGCCAGUGAGGAGUUUAAUUGGCAGGCUAAUAUGUCAAAUGUCCGAGAAAGAAAUGCAGUUAUGUUCAAUAAUCCUCUGAUGGCAGAUGUAUUUUUCAAUGUUGGUAGUGCACCACACAACUGCCAGAAGAUUCCUGCUCAUAAAUACAUUCUUGGUAUUGGAAGUUCUGUGUUCUUUGCAAUGUUUUAUGGUGGCCUAUCCAACCAACAGCUGGAAAUAGACAUACCAGAUGUGGAACCUGCAGCAUUUCUUAAUCUCCUCAGGUAUUUAUACUGUGACGAAACUAAAGUUGAACCAGACAAUGUGCUCGCUACAUUGUAUGUAGCCAAGAAAUAUCUAGUGCCUCAUUUGGCCAGGGCAUGUGUCCGUUACCUGGAAACUAGCCUCAGUGCACACAAUGCCUGUGUUUUGCUAAGCCAAGGACGUUUGUUUGAGGAACAAGAACUAAUGCAUAGGUGUUGGGAGGUGAUUGAUGCACAGGCAGAAGAGGCAUUAAAGUCUGAGGGAUUUUGUGACAUAGACAUCAACACCCUCAAAACUGUCCUCGGUAGAGAAACGCUCAAUGCUAAAGAAAUUUCUGUGUUCAAUGCAGCCUGUCGCUGGGCAGAUUCUGAAUGUAGGCGAUGUGAAAUAGAACCAACAUCUGAAAACAAACGUAAAGUAUUGGGGGAUGCUCUGUUCUUAAUUCGAAUCCCCACAAUGAAGCUAAAUGAAUAUGCAAAUGGUCCUGCCCAGUCUGGUGUUUUGACAUUACAGGAAAGCAAUGAUAUUUUCAUUUAUUUUUCAGCAAGAAAGCGUCCUGAACUUAACUUUCCAUUGAAGCCUCGUAAAGGUCUGAAACCAUACCGAUGCCAUAGGUUUCAGUCCUCUGCCUAUCGAAGCAACCAGUGGCGUUAUCGAGGCAGAUGUGACAGUAUACAAUUUGCAGUAGACCAGAGAAUUUUUAUCGCAGGGUUUGGCCUCUAUGGCUCUAGUAGUGGUGCAGCAGAAUACACAGUCAGAAUGGAACUGAAGAAAAAUGGCAACACUCUUGGCCAGUGCUUCACAAAAUUCUUCUCAGAUGGGUCUAGUAACACAUUUUCUGUGAUGUUUGAUAAUCCCAUACAGGUAGAGCCAGAUCAGUUCUAUAAUGCUAGUGCUGUGUUGGAUGGAGGAGAACUGAGCUACUUCGGCCAAGAGGGCCUUGCUGAGGUCCAGUGUGACAAAGUAACUUUUCAGUUUCAGUGUUCUUCAGAUAGUACUAAUGGUACAGGAGUGCAGGGUGGACAGAUACCAGAGAUUAUUUUCUACUGCUGAUUGUAUUAAAAUGUGACAUCUAUGCAGCUGAUGUAAAGCCUAUAUAGUUACAUGUAAUGAUUUCAUCACCUCAUCACUUGUCUCAGGUCCGCUCUAUUAAUCCAUGCCAGUCUAACAAACGUAGAUUUAUUGCUUUUGAAAUACCAUUAAAUGUGAUGUUAGUUUUGAUCUUGUUCUUCACAGAUGUUAUAUUCAGUAUUCAUGUACAAGUUCAUGAGUGAUAUGGUGUAUUCAAAUUUAUGGAAAUUAUGUGUAAAUUCUAUAAUUUCACUUGGGAAUUGGGCGGGACCCAUUAUAGGCCAAAGAAAGUUCUCGGAGAAAGCCAUGUAGCACAAGACAUGUUUUGGAAGAGAAUGAAUAUAUAUUUCAUACUCAUGUUUGUGAUCAAGGUACACCUUUCAAAAGUUAUUUCAUCUUUAAAUUUUCUUAUUUAUUUGGUUCGCAGUAGUUUGUUUUGAUAUAUUUUAAACCAUUUUGUCAAAUAAUGAAAUAAGUGAUUUAUAUUGCUAUUAUUUCUAUCUGAUCAGAUAUAUGUAUCAGUCUGAGCCAUGAUUAAGUAUUUGUGUGAAUUUAAUAUGACAUACUUGUCCAUGAAUACUUUUAUUUACAGUAUUCUGGAAUCACAUGAUCUGUUUCUGAUUAAAAGAUGUGUUAAAGUGUUUGAUGUUAUGCUUUCAUGAUGAUAUAGAAAUUUGUCAAUUUAUUUAGAGGCUGUGCAUUAAAAACAUAAAUCUGUAGUGUAUACAAUCAAUGAUGUUUGUUUAUGAAAAAUCAUUAAUGUUUUACAGAUUACUGCUGUUCAAAGUAUUGUGUCAAAGUCAAUGUGUGCAAUAUAACAGUUCAGGAAUUUUAAUCAAUAAUUUGAUGUUUCAAUUGUUAAACACAUUUUUCUGGUCUGAUUAGUUAAUAUUUUGUGUGUCAAAGUUAAGUGUACAUAGUAUAGAAAUUAAAACCUUUAAUACCUGGUUGGAUGUGAAUUAUCUCUAUAUAGCUCUAUAAUUAGAUCACUUACCUAGGUAUGAGGUCUGAUGGAAACAACCAAACUGAUUAUCAUGAUGACAUUAGCUGCAGGUACAGCUGAGCUUUGAGCUAUGUGUAAUUUUCAUAGGAAAUGUUUAAGUAUAAAAACAGCAAUGGACAGUUAUAAAAUGUUAUUACUUAUAAUAUGAACUUGUGUGUUGAUCAUAUUUACAUUUGUGGGAGUGGGUUGUUGAAUACUUUCUAGAAACUUGUUCAUUUUAUAAUAAUGUUUUGGUAGUUAUUAUAUUGAAAAAUAAGAAACACUAUUGCUUACAUUCUGUUCAACAUACAAAACGGUAUACUCUCCAUUCAAGUUUCUGUUAUCACCAUUUUCAGUACAUUUUUGUGUGGACUAGUUAACAUAUCAAAAAUCGAUAGAUGAUCAGUAUGAGUCUUGGUCCAUUUUUCAUUACAAAGAUAGGAUCUCUUAUGUGCUAUAGGAUGUAUGUAUUUACAUAACAGUACAGUUUUACUUACUGUGUAACGUUGUUUGUGUUAUACAUUGUACAUGUAUUAUGAUUCAGCAUUUACAAAUUUUAACAGGAAAGUACUUGAUGUAACUAAUAAACCUUAUAAAGUA